UAAAGUGUGGAACGCAUGCGCCAGUUGGAUGGCAGCGUCAUCCCGCAAGGCGUUGCCAACCACAAUAUGGCUAGACGUAUAAGUCAAUGCUGCCGACGUAACAAUCACAUGAUGAAGAAGAUGGCUUCUAGGCAGUGGUACUCUCGGGAAAGACACUAUGUAGAAGAGCUAGAAUUAUGCAGGUUGGAGAGAAUGGCCAUGGAAUAUGGAGCUUACCACCCCUUAAAAGCCAUUAUUGUCACAGAAUCCAGAUUUAAGAAAGUAGGCCAUAAAGAGAGCACAUCCUCAAGUUCAUCCUCUUGUUCCUCCAUUUCAAAUGUGGAUCCUCUAAGCGGCAUCUUGGAUGGAACUGACCCGUUGUCAAUGUUUGCUGCAACAGCUGAGCAAGUUUCAACUAGUACGGAUGCUAGCAGAAAGAAGUGCGAGAAGGAAGAAUACUUGAGAAGUGACUUUGAGCCAUGGUCAAGCAAACGUGGAGAAAUUUUGGCUCGAUACACAACAACUGAAAAACUUUCCAUCAAUCUCUUCUUGGGUUCAGAAAGAGGCAAACCUGCUACGUCAGGAUCUGCAGUUUCAGAAAAAGUGAGGACUCGCCUUGAGGCACUUGAUGAUCUGGAGGAAGGAUCCCAAAAAGAACUUCUGAAUCUGACUCAGCAAGACUACAUCAGCAGGAUUGAUGAGCUCAACCAGUCUUUAAAGGAUGCUUGGGCCUCUGAUCAGAAAGUCAAAGCUCUGAAAAUAGUCAUACAGUGUUCAAAGCUUCUCUCUGACACAACAGUCAUCAGGUUUUACCCAAGCAAGUUUGUAUUGAUUACUGAUAUCCUGGACACCUUUGGAAAGCUUGUGUAUGAGCGCAUUAUGUCAAUGUGUAUGGAUAACCAGUCAGCUUUACCUGCAAACUUUACCACAGACUAUGUGAAUGAUACUGCAAAGGAGACUUGUUUGAACUGGUUUUUCAAGAUUGCUUCUAUACGUGAGCUUGUACCCAGAUUCUAUGUGGAAGUUGCAAUACUGGAAUGCAACAAAUUUCUGUCCGAAACUGGAAUAUCAGAAAGUCUUCCUCGGUUAACAUCAUUGAUAAAAGGCAUUGGAGACCCUCUUGUAUCUGUGUAUGCUCGAGCAUACCUCUGUAGGGUGGGCAUGGAAGUGGUUCCACACCUCAAGGAUAAUUUGAAUCAGAAUGUUUUUGACUUCUUAUUAACCUUUAAGCAGAUUCACAGUGAUGUUGUGCAGAAUCAGUUGGUAAUUCAAACUGUGGAGAUUCCUAUAUACCUCACACUGUACUCUCCUGCUAUAGAUUGGAUGCUGAGGUGCAUUUCUUAUCAUGCACCCGAGACUCUGCUGACUGAAAUGAUGGAGAGGUGUAGGAAGCUGGGAAACAAUGCUUUAUUGCUGAAUUCAGUAAUGUCGGCAUUCAGGGCUGAGUUUAUUGCUGCCAGAUCAAUGGACUUCAUUGGAAUGAUCAAAGAAUGUGAUGAGGCUGGAUUUCCAAAGCAUCUACUUUUCCGCUCUUUGGGAUUGAACUUGGCUUUGGCUGACCCUCCUGAGGGUGACAGACUACACGUUUUAAAUGAAGCAUGGAAAGUGAUUACAAAGUUGAAGAUCCCACAGGAUUACAUUAAUUGUGCAGAAGUUUGGAUUGAUUAUACUUGCAAACAUUUUUCGAAACGGGAGGUGAAUACCAUUCUGGCUGAUGUCAUUAAACACAUGACUCCUGACCGGGCAUUUGAAGAUGCAUAUCCACAGCUUCAAUCUAUAAUUACCACAGUUAUUGCACAUUUCCAUGACUUUGCAGACCUUUUUUAUGUGGAGAAAUUCUUGCCUUUCCUUGAUAUGUUCCAAAAAGAGAGUGUUCGAGUAGAGGUUUGCAAGUCCAUCAUGGAGGCUUUUAACAGGAAUCAACAGGAAGCAACUAAGGAUCCAGUCAUGCUGAAUGCUCUGCUCCAUGUUUGUAAGACGAUGCACGAUUCUGUGAAUGCUCUAACCCUUGAGGAUGAAAAAAGGAUGUUGGCCCAUCACAUUAAUGUACUCGUAAGAAUGGUCUCUUUUGGGCGUGACUUUGAGCAACAACUUAGUUUUUAUGUAGAAGCCAGAGCAAUGUUCUGUAAUCUGGAGUCUGUUCUUGUGCAGUUAAUUCAUAGUGUCAACCAUCUAGCCAUGGAGACUAAAAAGGUGAUGAAGGGAAACCAUUCAAGGAAAACUGCCUCCUUUGUCAGGGCUUGUGUUGCCUUCUGCUUCAUCACUAUACCUUCUCUGACCAGCAUCUUUACCCGGCUCAACUUGUACCUUCACUCUGGCCAAGUGGCUCUGGCAAAUCAGUGCCUUUCACAAGCGGAUGCUUUCUUCAAAGCUGCAGUGAGCCUUGUUGCUGAUGUACCAAAGACAAUUGUUAUAGAUGGCAAGAUACGUUCCUCUGAGGCUUUUCUCCUGGAGUUCCUCAGCAACUUCUUCUCCACAUUACUGGUUGUUCCUGACCAUCCAGAACAGGGAGUUUUGUCCCUGGUUAGAGGACUUCUAAAUGUAAUUGAGGGUUAUGCCUGGGAAGAUAACAGUGAUGAUAAAAUUUGGAUCUACUCAAGUGUGCUGCAUUUGUUGGCUGCCUUGUGUCAAGAGAGUUAUUUGUACCACAUAGAUAAAGUUGACUCCAAUGAUGACCUCUAUGGAGGAGAUGCAAAAUUCCUAACGGAGAUUGGCAAACUGUGUGAUACAAUUAUUGGCCAGAUUUUGGAGCACCUGAAAGCUCUUGGAAAAGAAAAUACAUUGAAGCGUCAGAGUAGCCUUGCUCUGCUAUUCUUUAACAGCAUUCUUGCUCAUGGGGAUCUAAGGAACAACAAGCUGAAUCAGCUGGCUGUAAAUUUGUGGAAUUUGUCUCAAAAACAUGGCUAUUCUGACAACAAAACUAUGAUUAAAACUUUGGAAUACAUCAACAGAAGAAGCAAACAAUUUGAGUCAAGUCAUCUGAGCGAACUAGCAAUCAGACUAACUCUCCAGUCUAGAACCUAAUGAAAAAUUAUGCAAACUUACUAACAAGCAGUGCUUGCAAUGUAUUAUGCAGCAACCUACUGGACCAUACAUGGAACAAAAGUUGGCCUAAUCGACAAAGCCUAACAUUUCAAUCUAGUAGUUCUUACACUUUACAUUUGUAAUUCUAAAACAUGUUUGCAUUCAUUAAAUAACUUGCCUC